ACACUCUACUUACUUUGUUUUUUUUUUUAAAUGAAUCAUACCUCUGUACUUUUUAGAUAAUAAAAUGUUGGGCAGUUAAAAUUGUCCCUACUCUGUUGUGUUCAAAAUUUGUGACUUGUGGUUCCGUGCUCAACUUUUGCAUCUCAAUAAGCACUUUGUUUCAAGUAGAUGCCCCUUUUCUCUUUUGGAAACAGAGAGAGAAAGAGAGAGGGAGAAUCCUGGUGCUGUGUCCAUUGCUUCCCUCGUGGUUUUGCAUCAAUCCUUGUCGCCUAUAUGUAACUCAUGAUUCCUGUCCCUUUUGGAGGGUUCCUUCUUUGUAACAUGUUGCUGCUUUAUUGAAACCCUGUUAUCUCAAUCACCUUCCUUGUUCCUCUUUGCAACUCCCACUGCAAAACCCACCUCAAAUUUUUCCAGCGAAACCACUCAAUUGGAGCUUGUUUUGAUCAAAAGUUGGAGACUUGCGCUGAUGGGGCACUUCUCUGAGGUUCUAAAGGUGCUGUGUAUCCUCUGUUUGAUGAAAUGUGUGAGUGGGAUCGGCGCAAAUUGGGGGACGCAGGCGAGCCAUCCUUUACCGCCGGACAUCGUGGUUCAGAUGCUGAAGGAUAAUGGAUUUCAGAAAGUGAAGCUCUUCGAUGCAGAGGAUGAUAUUAUGGAUGCAUUAAGAAAGAGCGGGAUUCAGGUGAUGGUCGGAAUCCCGAACGAUUUGUUGGCAGGCCUCGCAUCAAGCGAGAAAACGGCGGAGAAUUGGGUCUCGACGAAUGUUUCUAAGCAUGUAGAUGGUGGAGUGGAUAUCAGGUAUGUCGCCGUUGGGAAUGAGCCGUUCCUGCAGACAUUCAAUGGCAGCUACCUCCAAACGACAUUCCCGGCACUCCAAAACAUCCAAGCCGCGCUGAUCAAAGCCGGCCUAAGUAACCAAGUCAAGGUCACCGUCCCGCUCAACGCUGAUGUGUAUGAGUCGUCCAGCGGUCUCCCCUCUGACGGUGACUUUCGUUCCAACAUCCACGACCUCAUGCUUUCUAUAGUGAAGUUCCUUAAUGACAAUGCUGCCCCCUUCACCGUCAACAUCUACCCCUUCAUUUCCCUCUACGACGACCCCAACUUCCCCCUCGACUAUGCCUUUUUCCAAGGCGCCGCGUCGCCCGUCAUCGACGGCUCAAUUACGUACAACAACGUGUUCGAUGCGAAUCACGACACGCUGGUCGCCGCGCUCCGCAAGAAUGGGUUUGGCAAUCUCUCAAUCAUCAUUGGUGAGAUAGGGUGGCCGACGGACGGCGACAUGAAUGCGAAUUUACAAUACGCUCGGCAGUUCAACCAGGGUUUCAUGAAUCACAUCUCUUCGAACCAGGGCACGCCGUUACGGCCUGGACCUGUGGACGCCUACCUCUUUAGCUUGAUUGACGAAGACGAGAAAAGCAUCCAACCAGGGAACUUCGAGAGGCAUUGGGGGAUAUUCUACUACGACGGCAUGCCGAAGUAUCAGCUCUCUCUUGGAUCUACGAAUUCAACAUUGGUCGGUGCAAAGGGAGUGAAGUAUCAAGAUAAGAAGUGGUGUGUGUUCAAGCCAACAGCAAGCCUGGAUGACCCGAAGGUGGCACCUAGCGUGAGCUAUGCAUGUGGGAACGCCGACUGCACGAGUUUAGGAUACAAAACGUCGUGUGGCGAUCUCGAUGCGAGGGGGAACAUAUCAUACGCGUUCAAUAGCUACUUCCAGGAGAACGACCAGGACAGUCGUGCUUGCGACUUCUCGCAUUUAGCCACUGUUACCACUGAGGAUCCAUCGACGCCGACGUGUAAGUUUAUCAUCAUGAUCGACGCCGACUCGGCAGCAUCAUGGAGAUUGAGGCCGGUGGAAGGGGGAAGUGGUGUAGCGUACUUAGGAUUGAUCUCCUUUCUUACACUUUUGUUGGUGGCACUGUGAUGUAUAUGGUGGUAGUGUUUGAAAAUUUUUUCCCCCCAUCUUUUAUCCUGUUACAUUUUGGAAAUAGUUUGUAUUGUCUUAUUCUUUGUGAUCACAAUAAGGUUUCACAAUCUGGCAUCUCCUUUUGUAGAUGUAGUAA